GAUCGGAUAUCUGUGAUUUGUGCGCACGACUUUCUAAGGUGUUCAAUUGCAUAAGGGAUUCGAUAUAGGUGUAUAGUAAUUGUCUUACUAUACAAAACCCUGUAAGGGCGCUUUUGGUCUUACUUGUUAGUCAGAUCUCACGGAUGGGCACUAGAGUUAAUGAAAAACGGCCUGGCGCGGCCGACCCAUUGCCACAUGUUUCGCCAAAGAAGAACGUUAGCAUACGGAAGCGCUUUUUACCGACCUUUAUGUAUGAAUAUGGACGAUCCAUAUACGGCGGCAACCCGCUAUUACAGCAAACUCUUCCUGCUCCUUUUGUCCCACCUCGCCCAGUUUUGUAUAUUAUAUUGUGUUUCUGUUUCACGAUUCUUUGCCUAACGUUGGGCGUAGUACUACUUGUUCAAAGUUCGAGAAGCUACGUAGUCGAGGGAAAUUACGAUCAAAUUCACCGUUACCAAUAUGUACCAAGUGAUCCCUCGGUUAAUAUCAAUGAGGGUUUGCGUUCCUUUGUGGUGGACGGAGUUACCCAUAAGCAGGGCACAAUAACACAGCUACUUUUCAAUAUAAAUAAAGAAAUGAAGGCACCAGUGUAUAUGUAUUACAAACUUAAUAGAUUCUUUCAAAAUCACCGCUACUUCCAAACGGGGCGAUCCAAAUCGCAGCUCUCUGGGAGCAAAAAUCCUGGCAGUAUGUCCGAUUGCCAUCCUUAUCUUAAGCCAGGGUAUGUGGACAAAAGCGGUGGGAGUGUAGUAGUUUCGUAUAAUGGACAGCAACGGAAAGCGGACUCGUUUAACUACAAUCCGUGCGGCAUCGCAGCGUGGUCUAUGUUCAAUGACACGCUGACCCUUUUCAAGGUUGUGUCUUCGACCUCUCCAGCGCUUGACGGGGUCUCGACUUCGAAGAGUAGUAAGGAUAGGAGUCUCACGGUUCAGCUAGUGUGCAACGGCACGGACUUCGACGCAAAGAGCAACCCCCUCGGGAAGAGUGCGACACCAAACCACUGCUCCAAGAAAGGGAUCAGCUGGCGUGCAGACACAGAUGUGCGCUUUAAGAACCUCACUUUGGAUGAAAAGUGGUGGUCGCUUUACUUUCCUUAUCACACCAAUAAUACCUACCUCAACAAAGGUUGGUAUCUCAACGAGCCUGGACAUUCCCUACCGGACCCCGUUGAUCCAGAUCUACAAGUAUGGAUGAGGUGUGCCCCUUUAUCCAAUUUCCGAAAACUGUACCGAAUUAUAAACGUAGACCUUACUCCAGGAACUUAUUUACUCCAGGUAGAAGAGUUCUUUGAUGUUGAAACUCUGGGGGGUCACAAAGGGUUCGUCUUGCGACCACAUGGCACGGCUGGGUUUGAAGAGCCGGGUGUGGGCAUAGCGUUUAUCGCAGUUGGAUCCUUAUCUUUUGUGAUGUGUGUAUCGUAUCUAAUCGAACAUGUCUUACGAAAGAAAAAGAAGGAUGUUAUCUCCAUGCUGAAGGAACCACGAAGAUCGUGGUAUCUCUUCGAUCCAAGUGCGCCGGAAUUCGAGAAAUAUUACCAGCUCCUCAUCGAGAGGAAUGUGCCAUUGGAGGAGCUGAUCGCUCUCCGCAAGAUGCACGACACUAGAUCUGGCAGUUCAACAAGCAGAUAUUCAGAAUAAAAAGUGAAGUUUUUGUUGCUGACUUUUCCUCAUUGUAUUCACUACAUAACUGAUGGAUUAAGUUGCGAUUAAACAUAAUAAAAA